AUGACCGACAGUAAGGUCCCUCAACCGGGACCCGCCAAACUCAAGCGCAAUGCAGGCCCUGAUGAAUGGCUCGAGGCCGCCAAGGACUGCAAAUACCUCUCCGAGGCCCACAUGAAGCAGCUGUGCGAGAUGGUCAAGGAGUAUAUGAUGGAGGAAUCCAAUAUCCAACCUGUAUCCACACCCGUCACCAUCUGCGGCGACAUCCACGGCCAAUUCUACGACCUGCUGGAGCUCUUCCGUGUCUCUGGCGGCAUGCCCGAUGGCUCCAAGCUCGACGCUCCCAAAACCUCUCCCUCCGUCAUCACCUCUGCGGACAUUGAACCCCCUUCUACCAUUACCGAUCCCAAACUCCGCAAGAAACUCCGCGGACCCAGUGCAAAUACCCAGGCCGACGGCGAUGAGGAAGCGGAGGAAGAGACGGAGCCAACCCCCACCCCACACACCCGAUCGAACAGUGAGACGUCGGAGAGCCUUCAGCUCAAGAGCAAUUUUGUGUUUUUGGGAGAUUACGUCGAUCGAGGAUAUUUCAGUUUGGAGACGUUGACGCUAUUGUUAUGUCUCAAGGCCAAAUAUCCAGACCGAGUUACGUUGGUACGCGGUAACCACGAAUCCCGCCAGAUUACUCAAGUCUACGGGUUCUACGAGGAAUGUUUCCAAAAGUACGGCAGUGCCUCGGUGUGGAAGGCUUGCUGCCAGGUCUUCGAUUUCAUGACGCUGGGCGCCAUCAUCGACGGCAAGGUGCUGUGUGUACACGGUGGACUGAGUCCGGAGAUUCGAACGCUCGAUCAGGUGCGGGUGGUGGCUCGUGCCCAGGAGAUUCCCCAUGAGGGUGCGUUCUGUGAUUUGGUCUGGUCGGAUCCCGACGAUGUGGAAACGUGGGCAGUCAGCCCUCGUGGAGCAGGUUGGUUAUUCGGUGAUCGUGUCGCAGAUGAAUUCUGCCAUGUCAACGAUCUCUCCCUGAUCGCUCGCGCGCAUCAAUUGGUCAACGAAGGUUACAAGUACCACUUUACCAACCAAAACGUCGUCACCGUGUGGAGUGCACCCAACUACUGCUAUCGAUGCGGUAACCUGGCUUCGGUCUGUGAGAUUGGCGAAGACCUCAAGCCCACCUUUAAGCUGUUCAGCGCUGUCAGCGACGAUCAACGACAUAUGCCCACCUCGCGGCCGGGCCGCAGCGAAUAUUUCCUGUAA